CCCCCGGCUCCACGUCUCCGGGGCGGAGCGAGGCGGAGCCGUCCCGCAGCCGCUCAGGAGCCGGCGGGGCGCUUUGGUGGAUUGGGGAGCUCGAUGAUGCCCAAAAAGAAGCUGGAGGGUCUCAUCGCUGCCACAGUCACCCCAAUGACUCCUGAUGGACAAAUCAACCUUCCAGUGAUUGCCCAGUAUGUGGAUUACCUGGUAAGCGAGCAGAACGUGAAGAACAUCUUUGUGAAUGGCACCACAGGAGAAGGCCUGUCCCUCAGCAUCCAAGAGAGGAAGCAGCUGGCAGAAGAAUGGAUGCUCCAAGGGAAAGACAAGCUGGAUCAUGUGAUAGUUCACGUGGGAGCUUUAAGUCUACUGGAGUCCCAAGAACUGGCAAGGCAUGCAGCAGCCAUAGGUGCUAGUGGUAUUGCAGUAAUAGCUCCCUCCUUCUUCAAACCCGCAAACAAAGAUGAACUCCUCGGUUUCCUACAGAAAGUUGCAUCUGAAGCCCCUACGGUUCCAUUUUAUUACUACCACAUUCCAGCUCUGACAGGUGUUAAGAUUCGUGUUGAGGAGUUGCUGGAUGGAAUAAGAGAGCAGAUCCCCACCUUCCAGGGUGUGAAGUUCAGCGACACAGACCUCUUGGACUUUGCACAGUGUAUAAACAAGAAUGAGAGAGAACAGUUUGUGUUUCUCUAUGGGGUAGAUGAGCAACUGUUGAGUGCACUGGCAAUAGGGGCAAAUGGAGCAGUUGGAAGUACUUACAACUACUUAGGUAGGCAAACCAACCUGAUGUUGCAAGCUUUUGCAAAGCCAGACCUUGCGUUAGCACGGAAGUACCAGUUUCUCCUGGGGGAAUUUCUCAGUUCUGUCAUCAAACUAGGUUUUGGUGUUGCACAGACAAAAGCUGUAAUGACUUUUGUUUCUGGCAUCCCCAUGGGACCCCCACGGCUUCCACUUCUUAGUGCCUCUGAGGAAUUCAUCGCCAAGGCCAAAGCCAAGUUGGAGAGCAUUGUGUGGCCUGAUAGCGACUGACUUCACUCUCAUAUCAGUGUACAGGUUCACUGUCACUUGGCAUACUCCUCAUGCAAUGGGCUGUGAUCUCCUUCAGGAAAAUGAAAGUUGGUGUGGAAGGGCUGGCACAUGUAUAGUCAGCCACCUGUUCUUUACCUUUACUCUGCAUCUCUGCACUGCCCAGCACUGGAUGCUGUCAUUAAACAAAGAAAGACAAAAAACAACUAAACGCAAACUGGUUUGCUACAG